CGCCAGCCACCGGAGGGAGAGAAGGAAACAGGUGCUAACCCUGCCUCGGCCACGCCCGGCACUAGACUCCCGCCCAAGAGUCACCCAAGCGGGCCCUUAAGCAAGACGAGCCCCGCGGAGUUGCGCCAAACACCUCGCGCGCUGUUCUGCGUGCCUUUGCAAUCUCGCGCGCGCCUCGCCGCCUCCCCAGACCGACCUCCGCGCAAGGCUCCUCAGGAAUAAAACGGAGAGCCGCUUGAGCAGACCCCGGGCGCGGGGUGGGGGGUGAGAAUAGGAAACUCGAGGGGUGGAGACCACUGUGGCGAGAGGAAACGGUUUAAAUGAACUACGAAGGCUUUGUUAUGCAAGUGUGGUAGCAAGAUGUGAAGCCGGGACUAUGCGGUGCUCUUGAGAGACGCUUCCUGCCUCCGCGAGGGCCGUGGCUUCUGAGGCUGCUCAGAAGGUGCUCGAUGUUGGAGCCGAAGAUAUUUGGGUGGUGCAACGAGGGCAGCUGUUGAAGCUCCUGCUCUACCUUGCCACUUGAGGCAGCUGGCUGGAGCACAACCACCAAGGCUGGAACCAUGGACUUUACCAGGGACCCCCAUGUGAAGGUCCUUAACAGUGUCAAUGACUAUGUCAACUAUGACAUCAUUGUCAGGCAUUACAACUUCACAGGGAAGUUGAAUGAGAAAGCAGAGAGUGGGAUCAAAGCAUCUUCGGUGGUCUUCAUCAUCAUUUGCUGCUUCAUUAUUGUUGAGAACAUCUUUGUCCUGCUGACCAUCUGGAAAACCAAGAAGUUCCACAGACCUAUGUACUAUUUCAUUGGUAACUUGGCCCUUUCGGAUUUGCUGGCUGGGGUGGCUUACACGGCCAACAUUUUAUUGUCUGGGAGCAAGACCUACACCCUCACCCCUGCUCAGUGGUUUCUUAGGGAAGGGAGCAUGUUUGUGGCACUGUCAGCUUCUGUGUUCAGUCUCCUGGCUAUUGCCAUUGAAAGGUAUAUUACAAUGCUGAAAAUGAAACUCCACAAUGGCAGCAACAGUUUCCGUUCUUUCCUACUGAUCAGUGCCGUUUGGGUCAUCUCAGUGAUUCUAGGGGGUCUCCCUAUUAUGGGGUGGAACUGCAUCAACAUCUUACCAAGCUGUUCCAUUGUGUUGCCCCUCUACCAUAAGCAUUAUAUUCUCUUCUGCACCUCAGUGUUCACUGGCCUCCUGCUGUCCAUUGUGGUCCUCUACUGCAGAAUCUACAUCUUGGUGAGGACUAGGAGCCGUAGGCUGACCUUUCGGAAGAACACUGUUAAAGCCACCAGGAGUUCAGAGAAGUCUCUGGCUCUGCUUAAGACAGUGAUCAUUGUUUUAAGUGUGUUUAUUGUCUGUUGGUCUCCCUUGUUCAUACUGCUUUUGCUGGAUGUGAGGUGCAAAGUCCGGUCCUGCCCAAUCCUCCUCCAGGCUGAAUAUUUCUUAGUUCUGGCAGUUCUCAACUCUGCUACAAAUCCUAUCAUCUAUACACUGACCAGCAAAGAGAUGCGGAGGGCCUUUAUCAAGAUUGUAUGCUGCUGUAAGUGUCCCGUCACGGACUCUGGGACCAAAUUCAAGAGACCCAUCAUUGGAGGGAUUGAGUUCAGCCGCAGUAGGUCUGAUAAUUCCUCCCACCCACAGAAAGAUGAGGGCGACGCUCCAGAGACUAUGAUGUCUUCGGGUAAUGUCACGUCGUCCUCUUAAGAGAUGAGGCAUGAGCACCUUGACAUCAGACACACGGGAACAGUUUGGCUCACUUGUCUGCAAGCCAGAAUGAGAAGGGCUGUGUGAUAAAAAGGCAGUGGGAUCCGUCUGAGCAGGGAAAGCGGCCAGGCUUACUUGGACGCAGUGUAUGGCAAUGCGGGGGGGGGGGGGGAUCGUGAUCCGGUAACAUUUCCUCCCUGGAAGCUUGUGUCUUAUUUUUGUCUUUGCACUGAGGCAACUUAGAGUUGGGUCAGGAUUUAGUCAUGAGAUCUCUUAAGUAACUCUGCAUGAUGGAACACUGAUGAAUGGAUACCUGUUGGGUGAAGGUCUGAGUGGAGAGCAUCUUUAGUCCCCUGCCCACCUCCAAGCCAAAUGUGAAUGUUGGCAAUCCCUGAAAGAGAGGUCUUGCCAUAGUAAAUGACAGCCCACCUCUCUAUCUUGUUUACUGCACAGCAAGGAGAGCAAACAUGUCAAGGUAUUUGGGGCAGUAUAAAGAAAAUGUGCCUCAAGGUUGGUCAGGGUGCAAAUGGCAUCUUGGCAUUUAACUUUCUGUAGAGGGCCAGUGAGUACUGGACAGGGAGAUUGAGGACUCCAGCCUCAUGCCAACUGAUUUAACUGAACCUUACUGAAUCUAAUGGUAGGGGGUGUUCAGAACUAUGUCAUUGGCACUUUGGAGAUGAACUGACAAACAUGCUGCACUCAAUAUGGCACUUCAGCAUGCAACAACCACCAUCCUACUUACCCAUGCAAUAAUCUUGUGACCCAGUUUAGACUCUUAUCACUGGGUGACAGAGACUAACAGUGGAUUCCUAAAUCCUAGGAUUUCAUUGUAAGGCUCCUGGAGGCCUCUAUGGUUGAAAAACGAUAGGAAUAUGGGUCUUUUUACAGUCAAAGCCAACAAUGCACCUUCUGCUACUAUACCACAAUCUGCAUUCUUUUUAUAUCCUAAAACAGGAGUCCCCAAGGUGGCAUCUAUGGGCACCAUGGUGCCUGCCAACACCUUUCACGGUGCCCACCAAGUGUGUUUAAAAACUGGGCCAGGCCAGAUAGGACUUUUGCCCUGCAGGGCUUCUGAUUGGCUGUGCAGAUUUUUAACUGUUGCUUUGGCCGCAGCUGCCCCACAGCACAAGGAUCUUCACUGUGUGACUGAAGGUAAGCUGUGUAUAUGCAAAAAAACCUCCCCAUUUUAAAACAGUAUAUUCAUUUUGAAAGGCAUCCUCUUUAACCAGCUUCUGUCUGAGAGGUUGAAGACUUACUAUUAGUUCUGUGUAACCUUACUCCCUUCCAUUUCACGGCUGGCACCACCUCCUGCAACUGCCAUUUUGUGGUUCUGCCCACUAACCUUUGUCAGCUUCCCAAAGCUGCCUAAAGGCUCAGAAAGGAGGGACCCCCCCAUGUCCUAGAAUGUUCAUUAUGAUUAGGAGUUUUAUUUCCCACAUGAAAUAUUCUUUGUGUUAAUUGAAUGUAACUUUUAUGGCAUAAAUUCUGCAAUUCUCUGUUGUGUAUAUAUGUACAAAGUAUUUUUUCUAACUUCAGAUAACUGGGUUGAAUGUGUACAAUGUGUAUAACUCAACAAGCCUAGUGGCUGUGCUGCAUUCAAAGCAGUAGUCUUCAAACUUUAGACUUGGGAGCCACCUUUCACCCAAACUGAGAAAUUGGUCCAAAUUAAAAUAUGUGUUUAGGGUAACAAGCUGCAAAGCAGAACAGCGGAGGUAAUGUAACUUUUAACAGUGGUGUUGGAGAGUAAUUUCAGCUGGUUCACUUGCCAAGGAGGGGUGGAAACAGCUUUGAUUCUCACCCCCCAGUCACCUCUGCUACAGAAGAAUACUAGCCCGCAUGCCUCCUUUGUGUCUGGUUUUCCUUUCAUGCACAUCUGGGUGUGUGAGAGGGAGCUGAACAAAACAAAAAAAGAAAAUGGUGGUGGCGGCUGCACCAUUGGGGCAACCCCUUCUAAAGUCGGGUCACAACCCACUUACGGCUUCUAAAUCCCCAAAUGACCUAGAGCAUUAGUAUGGUAAGACUGUGCAGGAUUGCUGAAACCAACUUAUUAAUGUAUAAAUAUUGGUUGGAUUUAGAAUCGGUGGUUUUGUAAGAUGGCUGAUACCGUGUUUAGUAUUUUCAGUGCAAUUCUUUUUUAAAAAAACAAAUAGUAUUUAAAAUGUUUCACCGUUGUACAAUUUGCACAUAGCUUUAUUGACUUCUAAACAUUAAUAAACUGUGUUUGGGGUUUUUUGUACAUGUUCUGUGACCUUUUUUGGCCAUUACAUUUUUAUCCAUGCAUAUAAUACAACCAACCACUUGGAAAAGUCACUGAAAACCUUGUCAUUAUUUUUAUUGUCAGUACACGGGUCAAAAUUUGCCAAUGUAUCUGUACAUAAUGAACUUUGCUUUGCCUUCCCCAGUUUCCUUCUACAAGACAGCUUGCCACAGCUGUGCCUCCCAUUGCUCCCCCUUGUCCCUCCCCCUCUACUGGAAACAAGCAAUUUUGCCCUGCAACAGAUAAGGAUACCUGACAAGAUUCUGGAAUGGACAGUGCAAGAGGUGCAGUUUGGUUGUGACCUAACAACACUGAUACAGGAAGAUGCAUAGCCUGUAUUAGUGAAGAGUAGCACAAGAACGAUGUGUGAGUGACAGAAUUAUUCAUUUGGGAUGUGCACUGAAGUUAUUUUCAUUUCAAAAAAAUUUAUUCAGAUUCUUUGUGAUCUGUAUUAAAGGCAUUAACAUGG